GACCUUAGAUUACUCUGUUACAAGAAUUUGUUGAAUGUUUCAGCAUUUUUCAAUCUCAAUGCCAAGAGCAGUAUUUUUCACUUCAUAACCAAAUUCAAUCGACAUAUUCAAAGUCAUUUUCAUAUACAUAACGACCAAAAAAGUCUUAUUCAAUUCGUAGUAUAUGCCAAGAAGACCCUCUACAGGUACACAGUCGGAUACUCCUGCUCUCCAUGUAGUUCCCAGCUUUUAUGGAGUCUAUCUUCUUCAGCUGGAACCCAAGCCAAGCUCGUUCUAUAUCGGAUCAACCCCAGAUCCUCCGCGUAGGUUGAGACAACAUAAUGGAGAUCUCAAAGCUGGUGGGGCGUACCGCACCAAGCGGGCAGGAUUCAGACCCUGGAGGAUGUUGCUCGUUGUGUACGAUUUCCCGUCCAAAGUGUCUGCUCUCCAAUUCGAACAUUCUUUUCAACAUUGCCAUGAGACAAGACAUAUCAAACAAGAAGAAAGAAUAUCAAAGAACAAGUUGUCAGGUAGAACGCUACAUCACAAGGUUGCCAACGUAGCAUUGUUGCUACGCUCUAGCUACUUUCGCCAUUUGCCCCUAAAGGUCUUAGUGUUUGAAGAGGCUGUUUACAAUCUGUUUAUGAACAAUAAGUUUGUAACCUGUAGCCAUGUAGACUUAUUGAAUACCAAUUUCAACGAAUACUUUUCAGUGAUGGAAAAAGAUCUUGACUCUACUGUAGAUUCUUGGAAAACGAGGCAUACAAACGAGAAUGAGAUAUGGAGCAUGGCAAAGGAGGCGGUGAUCCUUGGGUCUCCUCGAUGUGCAUUGUGUUUGGAGCCAAUUGAACAAGUACCCGAAACUCUGCUGCCAAUAAGCAAAAGGUCAGAUCUUCAGAGAUACUUACAAAGUGAAAGUCUUCCUCUUGUGACCAUGUGCUAUAAUCCUCAAUGUAGAGACGUUUUUCAUUUGUCAUGCCUUGGCCACAGAUUCACUAAUAGUGAUGGCUUCCAAAGCCUCAUCCCUGCAACUGUAAAUAGGUGCUGUCUGUGUAAUGCAAAGUUAGAAUGGAGAACGUUGGCCAAGAUUGCUACGAAGUUACGAUAUUACGUCCUAAAAGAUUCCCUUCAACUACCAAGUCAAGUCUUGGAAAACGACGACAACUACGAAUCUCAAAAUGUGAAUGAUUCUUAA